UGAUGUCCUUCCUUCAUGCCUAUCUUCUUCCAUUUUUUCCAACCCAAACCUCUGCCAUCAAACAAAUCACACACGCACUCAUCUCUGCCAUCACCCCACCACAUAUCAUAUCUCACACCACCCCAUAUCAGCUCAUCAUCCAAGGUCCAGCCAAGGUCAAGACCAAAAGGUCUCUCUGAGUUUGCACCCUUUGAACCCCCACCCCUGUUGAAAGACAGCCAUGUCUUUGAUUCGCCGACAGCUGAACAAGCUGCAGGAGGAUGGCUCGCUCAAGAACGUGCUGCUGGAGCUCAAACACUCUGCAAAAUCUCUCAAUGCUCUCAUCAACUCAGAUACCCGUCUUCUCUCGGGCUUGGAGUAUUGGGCAAAGCGCCAGUCCCCACCCAUCAGCGAAUUUGUCAAGAAGAUGAAGGCAUCGGAAUCAGAGCUCGUGUCAAGCUUCCAGCAGUACCUCCAAGGGUAUGAAGAGUAUUGCAAGCAGUGGCAAGAUAUCCUUGAGGAACGCAGGGAGCUCAGAUCGGUGGUUCACUCGCACCACAAGGCGGAGAAGGCGGUGCGAUCUGCAGAGCGGCACGUGAAAUCCGCACAGCGCAAGGAGGGCCGACGCCAGCGACGCGAGGAGAAGCUGCUGCUGCAACGACAACAGCAGCAGCGGCAGUAUGGCUCUGAUGCCUCGCACAUGGAUGGCGGGGACAGCGAUACUUUCCAGAGCGAUGCGUCGAGCUCAAACGAAACGCCACCUACCUCAGCACCCAAUUCAGCACCCACAUCAGCACCGUCGUCGACACCCACGUCAGCAACGGCAUCGCCGCGCGUGCCGCGGAAGAGGCACGGUAGCAGCGAGCUUGGCAUCGUGGAGGAGGACCUGGCUGUCAAGACCGAACACGAGCAGUCCCUCCGCAAGCGCAUGCACGCAAAGCGACUUGAGGUGGAGCAGCAGAUUCAUGACGAUUUGCGCAGCGCAUAUCUGAACCUGGCGAGGCAUCGCAUGAACCUUCUCCGCACAUGUGCCAAUAUGGUGCAACACAUGGCCGAGACUGCAGUCACGCUGCCGGACGUUGAGUCCAUUCAGAGCGAGAGCGAGAAGGGCGACAAGGCCAUCUUUGUGUACGCGCAGCACCAGGACAUGCACGCGCCAGGCGUUGACACCAUCUGGCACAGAGGCCACGAGUUCAAGGCUGCGCUUGACCGGGAGCGGGAGAGCGCUCGUCGUGCCAUCGAAUCCGAGAAGUCCACGCGCGACCGCCAGCAGCGCCAGAUGGAGACCACGCACGAGCUUGAGAAAGGGUCACUGCAGGAGCAGUUGUUUGCACUUCAGCACGAGCACCAGCAGCUCCUGGCCCGGCUCAAGGCGACUUCCGAGAAGAGCGAAGUCUCGGCGCAGGAUGCACAGGAUCAGCUCGCACUAAUGACUUCACAGCUGUCAUCGUGCCAGGCGAGCGUGGAUCGCAUGUGUGUCGAUGACGUCAACAUCGUGCUUGCAAGCACACAAUCAACAAUGGAGGCAGAUGUGCUGACAGCCGCCGUUUCCGACGUCACCGCCACGACAUUUCUCGCCCAAGAGCUGGGCACCCCGCGAAGCCGGGAUGAGUUGGGGCGGAAGCUUGCCGGCUUUGUUCGCCAGUACGCAAUCACCGUGCGCGCGUGCCAGGGCGCCCUGACGCAACUCUCGAUGGGAGAUGCCGAGGCGUGCAUGGGAGAUGUGCGCAACACAUACGAAGCGGUGGAUGCAUUUGUCAAGGAGGCGCACGAACGCCUGAGUGACAUGCGAGGCGCCAGCGAAAACUUUGGCGCUGUGUCCGCACCACGCGUUGACGACGUGUGCAGUCGUCUCAAUGCCGUGUACCAGCGGCUGGAGCGCGCGUCCGACCAGCGGAAGGAAGUUCCAGCGCACUUGACAGAGGAAGUUGGUCGUGCACACGCAGCUGUGAAGGACGCCAUUGCCUCCAUGGAGGAUCUCAAGGCGAUUGCGCAACGGUCCAACGAACAACUCCAAUCGCGCAACGAGGCGAUUGUGAAAUCUGCGGUGUUUGUGCUUGAGUCUGUGGAGUCUCUCAUCAACACCAUCACAACACUGAAGAAACAAGUUCGCGAGACGACAGAUGGCACGACCAUCUCAACGCUGCGCGCGCACAGAUGGUUUGGGGCACUUGAGGCCGUUGUGAGCGCGGUGUUGGACACGCUUCCAGUCUGGCUGGAGUGCUUGCGACAAUUCCUCACCGAUGGCACGCAGUUUGAACGGCUGCAAGUCUCUGUCAGAAACCUUGCUGCCUCCUCUGCACAGCUCAUUAUCCUCAUUCAAACCUCAAUGACAAGCGAGGAAGCGCGAACAACAGAGACGAUGCACGAUGUGCGUCGCAACAGCCGCACGCUGACGACCGCAUCCCAUGAGCUCAUCGAUGCCCUUCGGGCUGUUAACUCGUACAACCUCGCACGCGCCAUGGUCGAGGAUGCUGCGCAGCUGAAUGAAGUGCAGCUGAAGCGGCUGGUGAUGGACAGUCAGGUCGAGGCCCUUCGUCUUGAGCAGGCGCUUGACGAGGAGCGCGGGAAGUUGGCGCAGCUGCGGCGGAUGCUGGCGGACCAGGGCGGACACAUGUCCGAGCCCGAGGACGAUAUGGACGCAAUCUGACGUUACACCUGCAUGAUGCAAUCAACGCGUGUGCUGUCCUGUGAUGGCAUUGCGACGCUGAUGGACUGUUUGCGACGUACACACGCACACACACACGCGCGCACACGCGCACACGCGCACACGCGCAUGUCGUGCUGCAUGCAUGAUCGUUGUUACCGUUUUGUCUGGCCUUGUUUACUUGAGUUGCGGGUUGCUUUUGGUCUCUGUUUUGUUUCUUCCUUUUUGCGUUACACAACUCCACAGCACACAUGCAAUCCAAUGGGUUUGUUCUCCUUGUUGUUCAUUCCAGUCAACAACACACAAACAAGGUUGCAACAGCCGCACACUCACGCCUGCGCUACCACGCUGGCUGGCCUGUUCUUGCUCGUGGCUGCUCUUGCUUCAUUUCUUCUGUUGUGCAUAACACCUGUGCGCCCUUCAUAAACAGUUCAACGAAA